AUGAUUCAAGAGGCUUACGGUGAGGAUGCUCUGUCCAGAACUCAGGUGUUUCGGUGGUACAAAAAUGUCCGGGAGGGCCGCGAUGACGUCUAUGACAAACAGCGCGUCGGUCCUCCAUCAACGAGUCACACGGACACAAAUGUGCAAAAAGUGCGUGAUGUGUUGAACAGUGAUCGUCGUCUGAGCAUUGUGGCUAUCGCAGAUGAGAUCGGAAUUGAUAAGAUGACCGUUCAAAACAUUAUUAAGAACGAUCUGGGCAUGAGGAAGAUCUGCGCGAAGCUAGUACCCAAACACCUGACUGAUGAGCAAAAGAAUCGUCGUGUUGCUGUCGCUUCGGAAAUCCUUGAUCGACUGCAAAACCGAACAAGAGUUUUUUUAACCACGUUAUUACAGGAGACUAGACGUGGGUUUUUGAAUACGAACCUGAGACGAAGCGGCAGAGUUCGGAGUGGCAAACACCGGCGUCACCACGACCGAAAAAAAGCGUGCAUGAGCAAAUCGAAGGUGAAGUAG